GUUCUGCACACAUCGUAUCGUACGGAGAAGUCUUCAGUCAUGGCAAGAACAAAGCAGACCGCUCGUAAAUCCACCGGAGGCAAAGCGCCCAGGAAGCAGCUCGCUACCAAAGCUGCCCGUAAGAGCGCCCCAGCUACCGGCGGUGUGAAGAAACCUCAUCGUUACAGGCCCGGUACCGUAGCGCUGAGAGAAAUCCGUCGCUAUCAGAAAUCCACUGAGCUGUUGAUCCGUAAGCUGCCUUUCCAGCGUCUGGUGAGAGAAAUCGCCCAAGACUUCAAGACUGAUCUGCGCUUCCAGAGCUCCGCCGUCAUGGCCCUGCAGGAGUCCAGCGAAGCUUAUCUGGUUGGCCUGUUUGAGGACACCAACCUGUGCGCAAUCCACGCCAAGAGGGUCACAAUCAUGCCCAAAGACAUCCAGCUGGCUCGCCGUAUUCGGGGAGAACGCGCCUAAAACUCAGUACUUCACCAUCAAACCCAAAGGCUCUUUUAAGAGCCACCACAAUUCCACUG